AUGAGCUUCACUCCGAAAUGGCCAGCAUACAUCUUGGUCAGCACAGCUGCCUUCUCCUCCUUGAUAAAAAUCACCCUCCUGUGUGGCUGGCCAUCCUUCCCCUUUAGAGGUCUGCACAGGAGUGAUUUCUUCAUCCCGCUCCCGCCCACACCAGCAGCUUUUCAUACUGCACCCGCCCACACCCGCAGCUUUUCAUACUGCACCCGCCCACACCCGCAGCUUUUCAUACUGCACCCGCCCACACCCGCAGCUUUUCAUACUGCACCCGCCCACACCCGCAGCUUUUCAUACUGCACCCGCCCACACCCGCUGCUUUUCAUACUGCACUCGCCCACACCCGCAGCUUUUCAUACUGCCUCCGCCCACACCCGCAGCUUUUUAUACUGCACCCACCCACACCCGCUGCUUUUCAUACUGCUCCAGCCCACACCCACAGCUUUUCAUACUGCCCCCGCCCACACCCACAGCUUUUCAUACUGCACCCGCCCACACCCACAGCUUUUCAUACUCCCCCCGCCCACACCCACAGCAUUUCAUACUGCUCCCGCCCACACCCGCAGCUUUUCAUACUGCUCCAGCCCACACCCACAGCUUUUCAUACUGCCCCCGCCCACACCCACAGCUUUUCAUACUGCACCCGCCCACACCCGCAGCUUUUCAUACUCCCCCCGCCCACACCCGCAGCUUUUCAUACUGCUCCCGCCCACACCCGCAGCUUUUCAUACUGCCCCCGCCCACACCCGCAGCUUUUCAUACUGCUCCCGCCCACACCCGCAGCUUUUCAUACUGCCUCCGCCCACACCCACAGCUUUUCAUACUGCACCCACCCACACCCGCUGCUUUUCAUACUGCUCCAGCCCACACCCACAGCUUUUCAUACUGCCCCCGCCCACACCCACAGCUUUUCAUACUGCACCCGCCCACACCCACAGCUUUUCAUACUCCCCCGCCCACACCCGCAGCAUUUCAUACUGCUCCCGCCCACACCCGCAGCUUUUCAUACUGCUCCAGCCCACACCCACAGCUUUUCAUACUGCCCCCGCCCACACCCGCAGCUUUUCAUACUGCACCCGCCCACACCCGCAGCUUUUCAUACUGCCCCCGCCCACACCCGCAGCUUUUCAUACUGCCCCCGCCCACACCCGCAGCUUUUCAUACUGCUCCCGCCCACACCCGCAGCUUUUCAUACUGCCCCCGCCCACACCCGCAGCUUUUCAUACUGCCCCCGCCCACACCCGCAGCUUUUCAUACUGCCCCCGCCCACACCCGCAGCUUUUCAUACUGCCCCCGCCCACACCCGCAGCUUUUCAUACUGCCCCCGCCCACACCCGCAGCUUUUCAUACUGCCCCCGCCCACACCCGCAGCUUUUCAUACUGCCCCCGCCCACACCCGCAGCUUUUCAUACUGCCCCCGCCCACACCCGCAGCUUUUCAUACUGCUCCCGCCCACACCCGCAGCUUUUCAUACUGGUGAGCCAGCAGCCGAAAGCGAGCAAACGUGAGGAUGGCCAGAAACCACGGAGACUGUAA